CCUACAGUGGAUAUGCUUCGUCCGCCUCCGCAAACUCAAGCCCUCUCGAGCCGUACCUUUCGUGUACCGCCCUUAGACGGAUCCCUCGCCCUGCCAGAGAUAUAUGACUGGCACGCAGAGCAUUCGCCGGAGCACCCUGUCUUCAAAUUCGCCAGAGAGGAUGGCAUCACUAAAACAAUCUACUGGCCAGAGGUGGCGCAUGCUGUCCGUGUCGGUGCUAAACUGAUCACACAGCGAACCCAUUCCGAAGUAGAGCGCGAUGAAAGACCUAUCGUAGCGAUAUUGUCGCAUUCCGACACAAUCCCUUACUUCGUUACUGCGGUCAGUGUGAUGCGGGCACAUUGCGUCGUUUUCCCGAUUUCUCCUCGAAACUCUCCUACCGCGGUGGCGCAUCUGAUCCAAAAGGUUGGAGUGAAGCAUAUCCUUGUAGGGCAGGAGCAAGCCAUGCGCGACCUAUCGAGUGCUGCCCUGAAUAUACUGGAGUCGCAAUAUCCCUCAACGCCUAAGCCUAACCUGACGCCGAUGCCUCUAUAUGAAGAUUUAUUCUUACAGUUUAUCGAUAUCUCACUAGGACCGAUAGGCUCCACAGCUUUCCCAAAGCCUAUUUUCUGGACCCAGGGGCGUUUUGCCGAGAUGGCCCUGAUCCCAUGGUUUGGAGAACGUGAUCUCACGGGUGUUGUCUGGUCUCUACACACUAUGCCCAUGUAUCAUGGAAUGGGUGUCCUGCAGCUUUAUUGGGCGCCGUCAUGUGGACUGAUCGUCAGCGCAUUCGAACCGAAGACCCCAGCGCCCAUGCCGACACCCGACGGGCUGUUCAAGGCGGCGAAGGCAACUGACAGCGAUGUCAUUUUCUGUGUCCCAUCCAUCAUUGAGGCAUGGGCCCAAAAGCCUGAGUAUGUUAAAUGGUUGGCUAGCCGCACGGGUGUGCUGUUUGGUGGUGGGCCCCUCAACAAAGAGGCCGGAGACUACAUGACAUCGCAAGGUGUUUCUAUCUUCAUUCUCUAUGGAUGCACGGAAGGCGGGAUCAUGAGCCCGAUCUUGCCUGACAAGGUCGGCUACGAUUGGGAAUACUUUCGGAUUCCCAACAACGUCAAGUCACAUAUGGUUCCAUAUGGCAACAAUACAUACGAGUUUGUCAUGGUGUUGAAUCACUUCUGCACACUGAGCGUCAUCAAUACUCAAGUUGAUGGCGUCCCAGCAUACGCAACCUCCGAUCUUUUCGCUCCACACCCGACGAAGCCAGGGUAUUGGAAGAUCUUCGGUCGUACUGAUGAUCAGAUCAUGCACAAUACGGGAGAGAAGACUAAUCCGGGCCCAUUAGAGAGCAUGCUCAAUCAAGACCCCCAUGUGCUAUCCUCAGUGAUGUUCGGUCGCGGUCGCUUCCAAGCAGGUAUUCUGGUGGAUCCAAAGUCAGAGUACAGAUUCGAUCCUUCAGAUGAAGUGAAGCUGGCUGAAUUCAGGAACAAAAUUUGGCCAACAGUGGAGAGGAUGAACGCAUAUGCGCCGCAGCAUUCGAGGUUGUUCAAGGAGAUGAUCAUAGUCGCCAAGCCAUCGAAACCAUUCACGUACACCGCGAAGAGUACGGCUCGCAGGCAGGCAGUCAUUGCUGACUAUGAAGACGAAAUCAAUGCAGUGUACGACAAGGUGGAAGAGAGCACGCAGUCAAACAUUCCUCCACCAGCACAAUGGGAUGUCGUCUCUACCACCGAUUUCGUACGCGCCGUCGUGAAUAAAGUACUCAGGCAAACCGUCAACGACGACGACGAUCUCUUCGAGCACGGUUGCGAUAGUUUGCAAGCCACAUGGAUUCGAAACUCUCUGCUACGAGCACUGCAUGAUUCUGUUGAGACUGACACACGAAGGACCGCCGACAACCUCGUGUACGACAACCCUUCGGUGCUACGCCUCGCCUCGUUCAUCUCAGACCUCGCAUGUGGUAAGGACGGCACAGAGACAUCUCAGGCUGGACGUGUUGAUGCUAUGCGCGCCAUGCUUGCUCGUUAUAACAAACAUUUCCCGCUGCACAGAGCAGAUGAUCAUAAUGGCCAUACGGCCGGUGAUGUACUUCUGGUCACUGGCACAACUGGAAGCUUGGGAUGCCAUAUCUUGGCUCGCCUUGCCAAUAGGCAUAGCGUUUCGCGGAUCUUCGCCUUGAAUCGAACGUCUAGGGACAAGACACCUCUACGCACAAGACAGGAACAAGCACUACUCCAGCGAGGACUGAGUGCAAGUAUUCUUGAGGAUGAAAAGGUAGUCUUACUCGAGGGCGACCUCACAGCGGCUAGGCUUGGUCUACCGGAAGAGACUUAUGAAAAGCUGCGUCAAGUCGUGACACACAUUGUUCAUAACGCCUGGAGGGUCGACUUCAAUCUCAGUCUCAGCUCAUUCGAGAGCAAUAUCAAGGGCUUGCGCAGUCUCAUCGACUUGUCGCUAACAACACAUCAACAUAAACCGGCGCGACUCAUCUUCUUGAGCUCAAUUGGCGUGUACCAGAAUGUUCAAAGAAACGAAGUGCAGUCUGAAGCACUGAUCGAGCCAGACGUCGCAGUGAGCUCAGGCUACACGGAAUCCAAAUGGGUAUCAGAGGCGAUGCUGUUGGCCGCUGGCGAGGAGACGCAACUGAAUGCUCUGAUCGUGCGUGUUGGCCAGAUCUGUGGCGGUGCAGACGGUGCCUGGAACGUGAACGAAUGGUUCCCGUCAAUGGUUCAAAGCAGCAAAAAACUGGGCGUAUUCCCUAUUGAUGAUGGUGUGGUGAGCUGGAUACAGCCGGAAAUAGCCGCGAAUGCAAUCGUCGAUUACAUUAAGGGUCCCGCCACGGUCAGAGUGGUCAAUCUCGUCCAUCCACGUCCGUGUUCCUGGAACAUUCUAGCGGAUGCAAUCUCCGUGUCCUUGGACAUCAAACUGGUGCCAUACCAAGACUGGUUAUCGCUGCUGGCCACCCAAUCUCAGCAGAUGGCCAAGGGGGAGAGAGAAGAGCUAGAGCUACUUCGAGAAUUGAGGGCUCUGAAAUUACUGCCCUUUUUCCAGCGUCUUGUGCCAGGGUCAGCUGCCAGUGAAGCAAUGGGUUUCCCAUCCUUAGCUACGACUGAAGCAGUCGCCGCAUCUCCUACCUUGUCGGACCCAUCCCUACGUCAACUGACGCCAGAGAAUGUUCACAGAUGGAUCGCGAGUUGGAAGAAGGCAGGAUUGUGGUAAGGCGUUUGGAUGCGUCGGCACAUUUAAACUUAACCAACUAUGUGAUCGCCCAUUUGACCUGAUAACCCCAUACUUGGGAAUAACAAUCGAAUUAAAUUGUAGCGACAAAUCC